AUGGACUCCUUCGCUCCCCGCAAGCUCGCCAGAGUCAGUGAGUCCCCUCCACUUACCUCCUUACCGCAGGGGAUUUUAGCAGAGCUGUUUUCGGCUGCUCGUGAGGAGGCACCCCCCAUCUUGUCCAACAAACACGAGACGGCUGCCAUUUUGGACCGGCACUCGCCCACCGCUUUUCAGGCUGUUCCUGCAUUACAACAAAAAAGGGCACUUACUGAAGUGGAUGCUUCCCAUGACUUGCCUUUACUCCUGCCUGAAAAUAGUGCUGCGGUCCUCUUGGCGACACGGCCUCAGUGCUCCCCAGAGCUCCCCCGCCUUGUUCCUAUUAGGCCUAGGGAACUGGAGCGUCUUUCAUCUGAAGUUGAGGAGCAAAGGAGAAAAGGUACUAAGUAUGCCAAUAAGUUUUAUGCCCUAGAUGCUGACUUUAUGAACCAGCUUCGCAUUCCAGCUGUGGAUGAGCCCAUUUCCGCUCUGCUCUCCCAUGCCCUCUUGCCGCGGUACGGAGAUGCUCACUUUAAGGACCCCAUUGAGCGCAAAUCUGAUCGAGGACAGAUAGGGACUUGUCAACACCCUGUAAGUCUCGGGCAGAGACCAGAGGCUUAUUUCAGCCCACAUCUAGGACUGGUGACCUUCGAAGACGUAUCCUUGCAUUUCACCGAGGAGGAAUCGGUCUUGCUGGAUCCAGGCCAGAGAGCUCUGUACAAGGAGGUCACUUGGGAGAUUCAUGAGAUGGCAACCUUUCUGGGAGAUGUCUGCAGGAUUAUGGCUGAAGGGGAACCAUCAGAAGCGUCAUUGGAAAGAGCUGAAGAGCAGAAGGAGGAAUGGAAAGUGUGGAGUAAAGAUGGAGCAAAGAGACAACAGGGGAGACACACAGAGAAGCUGGGGGAUGAAGCCAGUACUUCUCAGGGAGGUGUAAAUAAAAUUCAGGGGGGUGCUGAUCACCUGAAGGAAAUGAGAGCAUCUCCUAAGUGCAGUAAAAUGUUAACUUGCCAAAAAGCCCUGAAUAUACAACCAGGAUGGCAUAUGAGAGAAAAAGCAUAUAAAUGCUUACAAUGUGGAAAGAGUUUCAGUUACAGUAGGUCCCUUACAAAACAUCAAAGAUCUCAUUCAGGAGACAAACCUUAUGAAUGCUUGGAGUGUGGAAAGAGCUUCAGUCAAAGUGACACACUUACUACACAUCAAAGAACUCAUACAGGGGACAAACCUUAUAAAUGCUUUGAUUGUGGAAAGAGCUUCAGUCAGAGUGGCCUCCUUACUACACAUCAAAGAACUCAUACAGGGGACAAACCUUAUGAAUGCUUGGAGUGUGGAAAGAGCUUCAGUCACAGUGGCCACCUUACUACACAUCAAAGAACUCAUACAGGGGACAAACCUUAUGAAUGCUUGGAAUGUGGAAAGAGCUUCACUCAAAGUGGCACCCUUACUACACAUCAAAGAACUCAUACAGGGGACAAACCUUAUGAAUGCUUGGAGUGUGGAAAGAGCUUCAAUAAGAGUGAUAACCUCAGUUCACAUCGAAGAACUCAUACAGGGGACAAGCCUUAUAAAUGCUUUGAAUGUGGAAAGAAUUUCAGUGACGGUGGCAACCUUACUAAACAUCAAAGAACUCAUACAGGGGAGAAACCGUAUAAAUGCUUGGAGUGUGGAAAGAGCUUCAGUCACAGUGGCACUCUUACUAGACAUCAAAGAACUCAUACAGGGGAGAAACCUUAUAAAUGCUUGGAGUGUGGAAAGAGCUUCCGUUACAGUAACCACCUUACUAGACAUAAACGAACUCAUACAGGGGACAAGCCUUAUGAAUGCUUAGAGUGUGGAAAGAGCUUCAGUCAGAGAUUCUCCCUCACUUUGCAUCAAAGAACUCAUACAGGGGAGAAACCUUAUGAAUGCUUGGAGUGUGUAAAGAGCUUCAGUAAGAGUGGCAACCUCAGUUCACAUCGAAGAACUCAUACAGGGGACAAGCCUUAUAAAUGCUUGGAGUGUGGAAAGAGCUUCCGUCACAGUGACCACCUUACUAGACAUAAACGAACUCAUACAGGGGACAAACCUUAUGAAUGCUUGGAGUGUGGGAAGAGCUUCCGUCACAGUGACCACCUUACUAGACAUAAACGAACUCAUACAGGGGACAAACCUUAUGAAUGCUUGGAGUGUGGAAAGAGCUUCAAUAACAGUGACAACCUCAGUUCACAUCGAAGAACUCAUACAGGGGACAAGCCUUAUAAAUGCUUUGAAUGUGGAAAGAAUUUCAGUGACGGUGGCAACCUUACUAUACAUCAAAGAACUCAUACAGGGGAGAAACCGUAUAAAUGCUUGGAGUGUGGAAAGAGCUUCAGUUACAGUGGCACCCUUACUAGACAUCAAAGAACUCAUACAGGGGAGAAACCUUAUAAAUGCUUGGAGUGUGGAAAGAGCUUCCGUUACAGUGACCACCUUACUAGACAUAAACGAACUCAUACAGGGGACGAGCCUUAUGAAUGCUUAGAGUGUGGAAAGAGCUUCAGUCAAAGUGGCACCCUUACUACACAUCAAAGAACUCAUACAGGGGACAAACCUUAUGAAUGCUUGGAGUGUGGAAAGAGCUUCAAUAAGAGUGGCAACCUCAGUUCACAUCGAAGAACUCAUACAGGGGACAAGCCUUAUAAAUGCUUUGAAUGUGGAAAGAAUUUCAGUGAAGGUAGCAACCUUACUAAACAUCAAAGAACUCAUACAGGGGAGAAACCGUAUAAAUGCCUGGAGUGUGGAAAGAGCUUCAGUCACAGUGGCACCCUUACUAGACAUCAAAGAACUCAUACAGGGGACAAGCCUUAUGAAUGCUUAGAGUGUGGAAAGAGCUUCAGUCAGAGAUUCUCCCUCACUUUGCAUCAAAGAACUCAUACAGGGGAGAAGCCUUAUAAGUGCUUGCAGUGUGGAAAGAACUUCAGUCAGUAUAAGAAUCUUCAGACGCAUCAAAGGAUCCAUACAGGGGGAAAUAAAUAGCCAAAUAAACACUU